AUGGAAGCAACAACAGAAUCUGCAGCAAACUUUCGCCUCUGGAUGAGUCCGUGCCACCAGCUACCCCAAGAACCAUCGCGACUCGGUUAUCGGGAAUUGCGUAAUGGUCUCCCCGCGGUGGAAGGAAGCAGUUUCAGGGGGUGGAUUAACCGAAAGCGACUCACCACAUGUAGGUCCAGCGAGAGGGAGGCAAGGCAGGCGGCCGCAUGGGGGGUGAGGGAAGGGGGGAGCUCGGAGACGCCUGGCCCGGGAGCAGAGCGGAGGACAAGCCGUGCGCCCUGGUGCCCUGACAUACAAUGGCGAAGCGCGGAGGAGGAGGUGGAGGAGGGAGGGAGGGAGGGAGGUGGUGGUGGAGGUGGGGAGGCGCACGCAUGGAGCGUUCAGGGAGAGUGGGACAGCAGAGAAGCACGGCUGCUCCUGCGUGUGCGUGGCGGGCGACACGUGUGGGAGGGGAAAGGGGGGAGGGAUGACGUCAGGAGGGAGGUGGGGGGUGGGGUAAGCCUGGGCGGUGCAGGGGGCUGUGAGCGUGACGAGGGAAUGUCCGCGGGCGGGGGACGCAAACUGUGA